CAAAGACACGGUGGUCCUUCUUCACAGCUGGGUUCAGAUCACGGACGGUCAGGAUGAAGCGUGUCGUUGUGUUUCUGCUGCCGCUCCUCGGCCUGGUGCAUGCUGGGCCGCUGCCCGAUGAACCCGUCCUCCAGCCCCAGGAGAACUUUGAUGUGAACCGGUUCAUGGGUAAAUGGUAUGAUAUAGCGAGCGCCUCCACCUGCCCGUGGGUGAAGCGUCACAAGGCGGAGGCAGCCAUCGGCUCCAUGGAGCUGGAGUCCAGCGGCUCGUCUCAACCCAUCAGCAUGACCCGCGUCAGCCGCAGACAUGGCAGCUGUAAGUCCAUCAGUGGAGAAUACCAGCUGACCAAAACCCCAGGCAGAUUUCACUACCACAGCUCCAAGUGGAACGCCGACGUGGACGCCUACGUGGUUCACACUAACUACGACGAGUACGCUCUGGUGGUGAUGCAUAAACAAAAGUCAGGCGGGGACAAGACUACAUCGGUCAAACUCUACGCACGUGCUAUGCAGCUGCGGGCCACUCUCAUCGAAGACUUCAAGACUCUGGUGGCCGAGCAGGGAAUGAGUGAAGACACUAUAGUCAUCAAGAAGAACAAAGGUGAAUGUGUUCCAGGUGAGCAGGUCACACCGGAGCCACAGGUCCAGAGAGCGAGGAGGAAUGUGGUCCUGCCGGCUCCUGAGGAGGGAUCAGGAGACGAUACACCCAUCUUCAGAGGAGCAGAAGCAUGUAAGUCCCAGCCGGACUCGGGUCCAUGUUUCGGGAUGCUGCAGCGCUAUCAUUAUAACUCAUCUAUCAUGGCCUGUCAGAUAUUCACUUACGGAGGCUGCAUGGGAAACCAGAACAACUUUGUGACGGAAAAGGAGUGUCUGCAGAGCUGCCGCACUGAGGCCGCCUGCAGGCUGGCCGUGGACGCUGGUCCCUGUAAAGUGUUCUCAGACCUGUGGGCCUUCGACUCGGCCUCGGGGAAGUGUGUGUCCUUCAAAUAUGGAGGCUGCAAGGGCAACGGAAAUAAAUUCUACAGCAAGAAGGAGUGUGAGGAGUACUGCGGCGUGAUGAUGAGAAGCGGAGAUGAGGAGUUUCUCACAGUGAACUGAGAGGGGAGCCUUACUUGGAUUCAAACAGAAAAGUUUCCAAAAGAUAUUAACUUCGGCAUUUUCACAAUAAAUAAAGACCUGCCUAAUAUA